AUGCUCCGACCAUGUCUGCGCACUUGCCCCCGCGCAACCUUCCGUGCCCUUGUCUGUCCGCGAUGUCUGCACCAUGAGUCUCUCCAAUUCCCAGCAGUUAUUCCCAAAAACUCACCCUCGUCCACCCCCUCUCGAGCAAUUCGCCCUCUGCAAACCGCUGCCAUCGACUCACAAGAUCGUGUCCCUCUCCGAAAACAACUCAAACAGGACGCAAAGGCCGUGAGAGCUCACAAGCGUGAGAGACGAGAACAGGAAGAGGCAUCCCGGCAAAAGUGGGAGCUUACCGUGGGGGUGGAAAUUCAUGCUCAGCUCAAUACCCAAGCCAAAUUAUUUUCUAAAGCUCCAACCUCAUCCUCCGACCUUCCCAAUUCGAAUGUCGCUCUAUUCGACCUGGCCUUCCCGGGUAGUCAGCCGGAAUUUCAAACAGCCACCCUCCUCCCGGCUUUGCGCGCUGCGAUCGCUCUCAAUUGCGACAUCCAACCAGUCAGCCGUUUUGAUCGGAAACACUAUUUCUACCAAGACCAACCGGCUGGUUAUCAAAUAACCCAAUAUUACGAGCCCUUUGCAAGAAAUGGGUUCGUGGACCUAUUCAGUCACGAUGGUAUUGCGCCCGAAGAUGGAAAACACGUUCGCAUCGGUAUCAAGCAGAUCCAACUUGAACAGGACACGGCCAAAUCUCAGGAAUACCCUCCCUCCACCCAGCUCCUCGAUUUCAACCGCGUUUCUCACCCACUCAUUGAGAUCAUUACCAUGCCGCAAAUCCACACUCCUGCCACCGCCGCUGCAUUCGUCCGUAAAGUUCAGUCAAUUCUCCAGUCUUGCAACGCGGUCACUACCGGAAUGGAACUAGGAGGCCUCCGAGCCGACAUCAACGUCUCAAUCCGGCUUCGUGGUGACGAGUCCGGUGCCCAUCAUUACGGAGAUGUUCAAGGACUGGGCCAGCGCACCGAAAUCAAGAAUCUGAGCAGCUUCAAGGCAGUGGAAGAUGCCAUUAUUGCCGAGAAGAACCGGCAGAUUGCCGUUCUAGAAAGCGGAGGAGCCGUGGAAGGUGAGACACGAGGUUGGACGAUUGGCAGUACAGAAACAAGGAAGCUUCGCGGGAAAGAAGGAGAAGUGGAUUAUAGAUAUAUGCCAGAUCCAGAUAUCCCGCCCCUGCUCAUCGGUGACGAUCUCGUGUCGCAGCUAGCCGGUACCCUCCCAACAUCCCCCGACGCGCUCCUCGACAUGUUGAUGGGCUCCGAAUAUAGCCUUCCGCUCGAAGAUGCGAAGCCACUAGUUGAAUUGGAGGAUGGCGCGCGACUUGAGUACUACCAAGAUGUUGUGGACGUCUUGCGCGAUCUGCAGCAGGAUCUCGAUGCCAGGGCUCGAGAUGCUGUCGGCCGUGUGGCUGGAAACUGGGUUCUCCACGAGCUGGGGGGACUCUUGACUAAAGGGGACUUGGCGUGGGAUACAGAACGAGUCACAGCGCGGUCCCUCGCGACGAUCAUCGACCAACUUCAGCGGAAGCGCAUCACUGGAGCAACCGCCAAGCAGGUACUCGCGAUGGUGUUUGAGGGGGACCAACGACCCGUUCUCCAGCUUCUAGAGGAGGAAAAUCUCCUCCUCCGGCCGCUUUCACGACAGGAAUAUAUCGCUCUGGCGGAGGAAGCCAUCCGCCAGAACCCACAGAUGGUUGAGCAGAUCCGACGCAAGAACCAACUCGGUAAGCUCGGGUGGUUCGUGGGACAGAUGAUGCGCAUGGGGGAGAAGGGUCGUGUAGAGGCUCCCAAGGCGGAUGCGAUCCUGCGAGAGCUUAUUCUGGGGGGGGAUUCAUCAUAG